AUGGAAACUGUUGAACAACAUCAACAACAGCUCCAACAAGAUGCUGAUGCUCAUCAUCAAUAUUGUGCUAAUAAUCCCCAAACACACAAUAUUGCCCAUAACUUCUCUGAAAGUGCAAAUACAAGCAGUUAUUCAGAUAUGCACCAGAUCAAUGUUGCAAACAUGGCUACAUGUAAUUACUGUAAUGCAUUCAAGCUUCCAGCAGAAAGUCCAGGAAUGUGCUGCUCUAAUGGAAAAGUGCUAUUAGCAGAACCCAAUGUCCCUUUGGUUUUGCAAUCUCUUUUUUCAAGUCAAGAUGAUAUUGCCAAGCACUUCUGUGAUAAAAUUCGUCUAUAUAAUUCAGCAUUUACUUUCACAUCUGUUGGUGUCAAGUUAGAUAAUGAGCUUGCAAAUGCAACUGCUGGUGUUUAUACCUUUCAUGUCCAAGGUUCAAUUUACCAUCAAAUUGGCUCAUUACUGCCAGAACCUGGAUCUGAACCUCACUAUCUACAGAUGUAUGUCUGGGAUACUGAAAAUGAAUUGCAUCAUCAGAUAAGCACCCUUUCUGAUUCUGGCCUUGAUCCCACUAUUAUACAAAGUUUGAAGGUUGUGCUUGAUGAGAGACUUGACCAAAGGACUCAUAACGUUCCAACAGCUUCUCAAGUAGCAGCAAUUUGGAUUGAUGAUGAUGUACCUUCUGAUGCAAUUCAAAAACGAGAUAUUGUAUUGCAUACACAAACACAUCAGUUAAUCCAUAUCUCUGAAUUCAUUGGAUGUUAUGACCCUUUGGCUUAUCCACUUUUGUUUCCUCAUGGUGAACAAGGAUGGACUCCUUGCCAGAUUCCAUACAAAAAUAUUCCUUUUGAGACAAUUAAAGAUCCUAAUGAUGAAGAUAAUAAAUAA